AUGUAUCCUUAUGUUUUUGCAACCGUAGUAGUUAGUGUUGUGGUAGUUGGCUUUGUAGCUUAUACAGUUUGUAAUGAAAUUUUAAAUGAGCCAAUUCCAGUUUAUUAUACAGCUAAGAUAGAAACGCUACAGGAACAAGAAGAACAACUUUUAGAAAAGUUAUCAUAUCUUAAUGUUUUGGAACAAGAAUUACAUUCUAGAGCAAAAGAAAUAGAAAACGAAGAACGGAUUUUGAGGGAGAGAGAACAAGAACUUGAAAAUAGGAAGCAACACUUACAAUCCAUCAGUUCAAAAUCCAACAAUAACAGCAGUGAUGAAAUUUCAUUAAAAGGUGUUGUUGAACAACAUUCUUUGAACAAUGAAAAUAGCAUUUAUCCUGACACAGCUGCACAAGCAAUUCUCUCACAAGAUUUAUCAAUUAUUAAAGAUGCAUGGUCUGAAAUUGAAUCUAUUAAUUCAGAGGACAUUGGAAGUGAAAUGUCAUCUGCAGUUGACAUUGAUAUAGAAGAAUUUCCACCACGUGCGCCAAAAUUUCUAGAUGGUUUACGCUUAGAUGGAUAUAAUGAAGAAUUGAAAUUAGCUUGGGAAUAUGAUGGAGUCCAUCACUUUAAUCGUAAUAGUUUAUACCAUAGAAAAAAUGGAGAAGUAGAUUUAAUAAGCCAGAAAAAUUGA